AUGUCUGGACAAUCACCGUAUAUGUCAGCAGCUCAAUAUGGUUAUCCAACUAGUUUUCAACAGCGUGACGCUCGUUAUCCUGGUGGUUCAAACGUUGAACCAGCUCUGGGAAUAAACCGACGUCCAUCAUUACUUGCUGGUUAUCAUAAUCAUUUUAGUAGUCCAGAAAGAACUUCAAUACCACCCUUCUUAUAUUCGUUAACAGCUCCGGUUUCAAUGGGACCACAUGUUGAUGAACAUUCAAAACCACCACGUUAUCCACCAAGUGCACCAUUAUCAAUUGAUGUGAAAAAGGAACCACCAUUAUAUCAACCACAAACAGAAGCUAUUUCACCAAUAUUUGAUGAAACUAAAAUUGAUUCACAUAUGAGAGAUACAACAAUAAUACGUAAUUCAAUAUCAAAACUUGAAUCUGAAAUUGAAAUAGCAAAGAAAAAACUUGAUAGAGCAAAACUUAGUCAAAGUGAAAUUAAAAGUCAAGCUGAUAGAUCAGCUGCUGAUGAAGAAGAAAAUGAUGAUCGAGAUGAUUUAUUUAAAACUAAUGGUUCACAAACACUUAUCGAAAAAAUUCUUCAUGAUAAUAGAAAAAAAGCUGAAGACAGUCAAAAAGUUUUAAAUCAAUUAAAUAAUAAUAUGGAUUUAACAAUUCCACUUUAUCAAGAACCAAAUGAUCUUGAAUCAAUAGAAAAAAUUCGAACACAAUAUAUGAAUGUAAUGAAAAAUCGUUUAAUAAAUUUAUUAAAAAAAAGUCGUGAACGUUAUAUGCAUCGAACAAAAUUUGAAAGUGAAAACUAUGAUCAAGCAUAUCAAGAAUGGCAAAAAUCAAUUGAAAAAGAUGAAAAAUUAAUUUUAGCUAAAGAUAUAUCAACAUAUCGUGAAACAUUUGAAAAAACAUUUCCUGAAUUGCGUAAAGCACGUGAAGAUAAAGAAAAAAAACAUACAACACAAAAUACAAAUGAUUCAUCAUCAUCAUCAACUGAACAGCAACAACAACAACAACAACAACAACAACAACAACAAAUACCAACAAAUAUAAAUACAACUGAACAAGAAAAUGAAGAAGAAACAAAUGAAAAAAUGCGCAAAUCAUCUGUUAUACCACCUAUUAUGUAUGAUAGUUGGCAACGUAAACAUCAAUAUUUUAAUCAAAAUGGUUUAAUAAAAGUUGAUGCUGCAUUAUUUUAUAAAGAUCAUGCAAAAUUACCUUAUUGGUCAGCUGAAGAAAAACAAAUAUUUAUUGAAAAAUUUACUCAAUCACCAAAAAAUUUUGGUUAUAUAUCAUCAUUUCUUGAAAAUAAAACAACAGAACAAUGUGUACAAUUUUAUUAUAUAACUAAAAAAACAGAAAAUUAUAAAAAUUUAUUACGUAAACAAUCACAAACGAAAAAUCGUAAAACAAAACAAAAUACAACAACAACAGUUACAUCAUCAACAACAAUUGAAACAACAUUAGUUACAAAAGUUACAUCGAAUACAAUUAUUUCAUCAACAUCACAACAAAUUCUUGGAUCAGAAACAGAUAUUGAUCGUUCAACAGAUCGAACCGAUAAUGUUGACGAACGACGUGAUAUAAAUUCCGGUGAUACAAAUGAAGAAAAACGUUCAAAUAAAAAUCGAUGUCAACUGUUAUCUUGUACAACAGAAAAAUCUGGUAAAAAGAAAAAUCGUAAAAAUCGUUUACGUGCAUUUCCAACAAAAUGGAACGAAUUGUCAAAUGAAAAUCAAGAAGAAAUACGUCGUUCAUUGCAAAUUCCUCUAAACGUUCAUCGUUGUUGUACACGUUGUUAUGACAAAUUAAUUAUUGAAGUACGACAACGAAAAGUUAGUCAGCCAUUAGGAGAAGAUGAUGAUAAUGAUGAAUCAGAAAUAACAGUUCAUCAAAAUUCAAAACAAGAUGAUGAAGAAUGGAAUAAAACAGAGAUCGAUGCAUUUACACAAGCAAUUAAUAAAUUUCAUCAUGAUUGGACACAAAUAGCUGAAUAUGUUCAUCGUAGUGAAGAAAGUUGUCGAGCAUUUUAUAUAAAACGCUAUAAAAAUGUUUCACCUGUUGAUCAGAAUAUUGAUGAAGAUAUUGGUAGCAUAUCAGGUUCUGAAUUAGGUCAAAGCAAACAAAUUAAUGAUGAUAAUCAAUUAAAAACAAUAAAUGAAGAUAGUAAUGAUUCAAUACAUGGUAUGGUAAUUGAUGAAGGUGAAGAACAAGCAGCAAUAAUUGAAGAAAAACCAUCGAAAUCAAUUCCAUUAGCUACACAUCUAACAACAAUAACAUCACUUGUUGAAAAAGAAAUAUCAAAAACAUUAAAUGAAACUGAAAAACGUUCAUUACAUAACAUUCAUAAUAAUAAUAAUAAUAAUACUAUCAAUACAUCACCAGAACGAUUAAUCAAUAAUACCAAUAAUAAUAAUAAUAUAACUCAACCACCACCACUCAUCACUCUUUCAAAAUCUCAAUCACCAGCAACACAUUAUCAAUAUUCACCUCAUCCUCAACAACCAUAUGUAAAUAAAGGUUCAAUUAUGCGUGGCACACCUAUAUCAUCAACAACACCAACAAAUAAACCAAUUGCUGUCGAUAUAUCAUCAACACAUUCUCAUCCUCAUCAUUAUAAUAAUCCAAGAAAUGAAUUUUCACAUUUGAAAUCACCUAAAAUAUUAGAUCGAAAUAUUGAACAACAACAACACCAACAACAACACCAACAACAACAGCAACAACAACAACAACAACAACAACAACAACAACAACAACAACAACAACAACAACAACAACAACAACAACAUCAUCAUCAACAACAACAACAUUUACUUCAGCAACAACAUGCAGCUCAUAUGCGUCAUUAUCCUCACCCACAACAAUAUUUACAACAGCAACAACAGCAACAGCAGCAACAACAACAACAACAGCAGCAACAACAACAACAGCAUAAGACUUCAACAAAUAAAUUAGAUCCAUCAAAUACAGAUACAUUUGAAACAUUACGAGCUGAUUACGUAACAUCGAAAUAUCUUACGACAACACAUUCACCAAGUCAUGAACGUCAACAUCGUCCUGGUCCUGAGCAAGUUUCGCCUUCUCAAAUAUCUCCAUCAAUGGGUCAAUCAUUACUUCCUCCACCUGCAGCAAUCGGUCCUCCUACUUCAAAUUCUUCUGUUCCACCAUCACCACAUUCUCAUCAUUCACAACAACAAGCUGCUUUUCUAGCUGCUUCACAAUUACUUGCUUCAUCAGGCGUGUAUCCACAAGAUUUAUUAUCAAGUGGUCUUUUACCAUAUGCAUCUUAUUAUGGUUCAUCACCAACUAAUGCACCAUUCUUAUUUGAUCCUCGUAUUAUGCAUGAAUAUGCUAGUGCAGCAGCAGCCAAUAAUGAACAAUUAAAAGGUUUUGUAAAACUAAAAAUAAUGAAAAAAUUAACAAAAAAAUUAAUAUUAAUAUUUUCUUUUCUUAUCAUAGCUGAACAUCAUAAAGCAGCAAUGCGUUUAAGUCGGCAUCAUCAUCCGUCAUCUUUACGUGGACAUUCACCACCCGAUCCAUCUUAUUCUGCUCAAUCAUCCAAACGACAUUCAUAUGAUUUAGGAUAUUCAACAAAUGAUUAUCCAACAUCUAUUUGGCAUACACCAAAUAUGGCCAAUGCUCAGCAGCAGCAGCAGCAACAACAACAACAACAACAAAUGCAUGCGCAAAUGAAACUUAAUUCUGGAGCAAAUGAAAAUCCAUUAUUAAAGUUAAAUGAAUUGUCUCGAUAUUCAUCAGCACGUGCUGCCGAAAGAAAUAGCCGAUCACCAGAUGAUUAUCACCAUCAUGUAAAUCAACCACGUGGUACUACAGAAAGUCCAUCUAUUCAUUUUCAACGUGUUGAAGCUGCUCACAAUCAUCAUAAAUUAUCUUAUGAUAAGUCGAAUCCUAAUUUACAUUUUACUGAUCAUCCAACAGAUGGAAAUUCAUUAAAUUAUAUGAGACAAACUUCAAAUGUACAUAAACCUCAAACAACUCAUCCUUCACCUCAUCGUCAUCAUCAACAGAAUACAAAUUCAAAUAAUCGUGCAUUAGUUCCACCAAUACAAAAUUCACAAAUUUCACCUCACCAUUCAGCUUAUCUAAUUCAUAAUCGUCAUCAUACAUCAAUUGAUACAUUAUCAUCUCAACGACAACAACAAUCUCCUCAUCACCAUCAACAACAAUCACAUUAUUCACAACAACAACAACAACAACAACAACGAACAUCAGAUCAUAAUGAAUCAAUGAGAAAUCCUAAAGAAUCUAUUUCAAUUCAAGAAUUUAUUAAUAAAAAUGUUAAUGAAUUUGUUAAUAAAAAUGUCAAUGAAUUUGUUAGUUCGACAAAUAGUGAUAAUAAAAGUUCAACUAAUGAUUUAUCAUCAUAUGAAUCUCAUAAUAAUCAAUCAACACGUACUCGCCAAACAAGUAAUUCUGAUCAACCAAUAUUAAUCGAUGGUGAUGAUGAUUCGAAUCCAAUUGAACAAACUGAUAUAACAAAUAAAACAAAUACAGAAAGUGAAAUGUUUGAACGACGUCGUGAUAGUUCCAUUAAGAAAAUUCUCUCCGAUCAACCAUUAGACAAACAAGAAUAUGUUGAACUUAAUCAAAAAGUUCAAAAUAGUGCUAUUGGAGCAUCUAAAGUACAUUUAAAUAAUGAUCCAACUAGUGUCGAACGACCAAGUGCUACUGGUGAACGCACAAGAUCUCGUGGUUCAAUCACAAUGCGCAUGCUAAUGGGUGCAAACGAUAUAUAUGCUGAUGGUAAAGCUCAACCAUUGGCAACCAAUGAAUCACAAUCAACGAAACGUUCCGCAUCUCCUCCAACUGAUAAAUGUGAAAAAAUUGAAUAUUUAAUUCGUGAUGAACUUGAUCGAGCAUGUCCAACUAUGAUUAAACGUGAUGACGCAUUAAGUAUAUUUCAAAAAGCAUCGUCAAAUCCACAACAACAACAACAACAACAGCAAAACUCAGCUAAACGAUUGCGACCAUCACCAAAAGACGAAGAACAACGUCACUCAUCUUUUUAUCCUGAAUCAACAACAAAUACACGUGAUCCAUUUGCUUUACAACCACAAGCAAAAAGUCAACAUCAUCAAUUAACAUCAUCAACGAAUUUGGAUAAAAGUUGGCAAACAUAUGUUCAACAACAACAAUAUCAUUUAUCAAAUUCCUAUACAUCACAAUUUCCUUCACGAUCCUCACGUCCAGCAGGUUCAAUAACACAGGGUAGUCCUAUAUCACCAUCAUUACGUUUAUUAACUGAUCAACAACAAUAUUCAUCAGCAACAAAUAAUCAACUUGUUAAUCCACGUUAUUCGUAUUAUACAAAUAAAAAUGAACAACAGUCUUCACCAUCAGGACAAUUAUCAACAUCACCACUUGAUCAUUCACCUAAAGCAAGAAUUGUUCGAAGAGCAAAUCAGAUACAUUCAUCUCCGUCUGAUGUUCAACAUGAAUCAACAUUAUCGGCAAGUGGUGAUCAUGCAUCCACUAUAAAAAGUCCACCUACUAAUCCAAUACGGACUGAUAGUAAUACUCCGCCCAUGAUUGCAUCACCAACAACUUCAAUCUCAUUAAAUAGUUCACAUCCACUUAAAAAACGUUUAAUUAGUGAAUAUGAACUUGAACAACAACGAAAUUCACCAGUUGUACCACCAAUCACGACUACAUCUACUGAAAAAGUUGAAACAACAGACGAAAUAAUGCAUAAUGCAAAUAUUGAUAUUCCAAAACAUGAUACAGAAAAUGUUUCUAACGCUGAAGUAACUAGUGAAACAGCUACUAAAUCUGUCGAAGAAACUGAAAAUUCAACGUGA